AUGUCCUGCAGUUUUAACUCAACUGAUUGCAAAGGAGUAAUUAGGACAAUAACUAAUAAUACAAAAAUUCCAAUAACACAAAAAAAAACUAUUUUAGUUGGUAUGAAAUUAUAUCAAACUCACUAUAAUAAAUUUAUUAUUAAUGAGGCUUAUAGCCUAAAACAUAAUGAAACUUGCUCUCAUCCAAAGCAUGAUGAAUAUAAAAGCCAAUCAAAAAAUGCAAAUAAGAGAUCAAAAAACCUUAAUCUUGAAAAGAUACCAAAAAGAUUAAUACCAAUUUUAAAUUUAGAUGAGACUGCUAAAAUUUGUAGUUUGUGCAGAAAAAAAACAGAUAAUGAUCCUGAUUAUAAUAUGUUAGAAGAAUAUACUGCACCAAUUUCCAAAAAAAAGGAUGAUGAUAAUAUUUUAACAAUGGGAAAUCAUACUUAUUCAUUUAGAAAAGAUAUUUUAUAUAAUGGUGAAGAACUAAAACAAUUUGAAUCAGAUUAUCAAGAAAUUAUAUCACAAUUAACAAUUACAGAUGAAAUUAGUUUAAGUAACAAAAUUAAAAAAAUGUCUAAUAUUCUUUAUAAAAAUCAAAGAAUAUUAGAACAAAAAACAAUUUAUGAUCCUGAUGAAUUUAAUAAUAUGUUAGAAACAGAAGAUGAUGUGAUCCAAAUAAAAUUUGAUACACAGUAA